AUGGCGGUCCAAGGCUCUUGUGAUCCUCUGUUCAACCGAGUCCGUGAUCUUGUUCAAGAAAGACUAGACCUUGGGGAAGAAACCGGUGUAUCGCUGUGCAUCAACAUCGACGGAAAGAACGUCCUCGAUAUCUGGGGUGGUCAUGCAGACGCCGAGAAGACUCGCGCAUGGGAAGAGAACACUCUCACCGUCGUCUGGUCUUCUACCAAAGUGAUCACCGCACUAGCAGCUCUCAAGCUUAUCGACCAAGGUCUCUUGGACCCUGAGGAGAGAGUAUUCAAGUACUGGCCCGAAUUUGGAGUUAAUGGCAAGGAAGACGUGAGAGUGUGGCACUUCCUCACUCAUUCCUCUGGUCUCCCGUCAUGGACUGAGCCUAUAACGAUGGAAAUCCUAUACGAUACUCCUACCUCGACUGGGAUGCUCGAGCGACAAGCUCCCUGGUUCACUCCUGGCUCCGCGACCGGAUAUCAAAUGUUGAACCACGGACAUCUUAUUGGCGAGCUUGUUCGUCGGGUCAGCGGUAAGCCGCUCAAGCAGUUUAUUGCCGAUGAGCUUGCGGAUCCAUUGGGUGCAGACUUCGCGCUGGGUGUAUCCGACGAAAAGCAGGCCAGGACCUCGGACAUCGUCCCUCCCCCUCCUCUGGACUUACCUGAGGGUAUCGAUAUGGACAGCAUCAUGGUGAAGACGUUUUUGAACCCUGUUCCAGACGCCAAGGCUUCCAUGACCCCCGAAUACAGAGCGACUGAGAUUGGUGCUGCGAAUGGGUUUACGAAUGCACGUGGACUGGGCCGCAUUGCUUCCAUUGUGUCUCUGAAUGGAACUGUCGACAAUAAACAAUAUCUGUCACCGCAGACCAUUGAGAAGAUCUACCAAGAAAGAAUCAGUGGUCCCGAUCUGGUCUUGGGCUUCAAUCUGCGAAUGGGCCUUGGUCUUGGCCUCCCGGUACCAGAAACUGUUUCCUACAUCCCAGAAGGAAACAUCGCCUUUUGGUGUGGUUGGGGUGGCUCUAUGGUUGUCAUGGACUUGGAUCGUCGGAUGACCAUCACCUAUGCUAUGAAUCAGAUGGGUUCAGGCCUUGUGGGCAACGCGAACAGCGCAAUCUAUAUCAAGGCGAUAUACGAUAUUAUGGCGGAAAGUGCAAAAUCAUCGCUGUGA